GCCCAUGAGAGAAACGAAGAUAUUAUACAUUACGUGGGCUGACAUUCAGGGGAAGGACUCGCUUUAAUCGACACAUCCAUGCAGAUAUAUAAACUCUACACAGCACAACUCUCCUUCAGAGGUUUAUCUCAGACUUAUUUUUCACAAUAAGCAUCGUGCUUGGAUCAUUGCAACGGAUAUUUUCGUGUUUUUCUUCUGCUAUGGCGUUUGGAUUACUACGCUUCACUCGGUGCGUAAAAUGGCUCUUUGGCUGCGGACAGAUUUGGCUGCUUCUGAUCUUUCUUUUUUAUUUCAACCGUAUUGUCAGCGGACACAUCCGCUAUUCAAUCCCAGAGGAGAUGAAGAAGGGCUCCCUUAUCGGUAAUGUAGCUCAGGAUCUUGGUUUGGAUCUGAAAAGGCUCCGCUCUGGUCGGGCCCGUAUCAUAACCGGAGAAAACAUCCACUACACCGAGCUGAAGACAGACAAAGGGACUCUAGUCGUGAACGAGAGGAUAGACCGGGAGCAGCUUUGUGGAGACGUGACACCGUGUAGUUUCAGCUUUGAGGUGAUUUUAGAAAACCCCAUGGAGCUGCAUCAAAUUACAGUCGAAAUAACAGACAUAAACGAUCAUUCGCCAACGUUUAAAAGAAAUAGCAUCCAUUUUGAUAUCAGUGAAUCUGCAAAUGUUGGCUCUCGCUUUUCCUUGAUGAGUGCUGAAGACCCAGACGUGGGAGUUAAUGGACUCAGAGAAUAUUUUUUGACCGAGAAUGGUAAUUUUAUAUUAAAACAAAGUUCGAAUGCGGAUGGAAAGAAAUACGCAGAUAUGGUGCUUCAGACGCCUUUAGACCGAGAGACAAAUCCUCAUCUGUCUCUAAAACUCAUUGCCGUAGACGGAGGAAGUCCGCAAAGAUCUGGCACAGUAAAUAUUGAUGUCACUGUUCUUGAUGCCAACGAUAAUGCGCCUGUAUUUAAUCAGUCUGUGUACAAAGCUACAGUGAUGGAAAAUUCUCCCAGAGGUACUUAUGUUACAACUGUCAAUGCUACUGACGCAGAUUUUGGGUCAUACAGUGUUGUGACGUAUCAUUUUUCAGACCUCAGCAGUGAUUUUGGUGAUUUGUUUUCAAUAAAUGAACAAAAUGGUGUGAUUUCAAUAACAAAUGAAAUUGAUUAUGAAAAAGACAAAAAGUAUGAGCUAGGGAUCGAUGCAAAAGAUCAGGGGGGUUUAACGGAUUCGAGUAAAGUGGUAAUUGAAGUAAGUGAUGUGAAUGACAACGCCCCUGCCAUCAGCGUCAUGUCAUUCACUAGUCCUGUGUCAGAGGACUCUCCUCCCGGUACAACUGUUGGCAUCAUAAAUGUAAAAGACCUGGAUUCAGGUGAUAACGGACAAGUGAAUUGUAGAAUAGAACAAAACGCACCUUUUAAGAUCAAAUCGAAUUUAAGAAAUUACUAUACAUUAGUAACAGACACUGUAUUAGAUCGUGAAAGUGCUACAGAAUAUAACAUCACUGUUGUAGCGACAGAUGCAGGAAUUCCUCCUCUCUCCACAAAAAGAACCUUUCAUUUAAAGGUCUCUGAUGUGAACGAUAACGCUCCGGUGUUUUCACAAAGUGUUUACAGCGCGUUCAUCGUAGAGAAUAACUCUCCCGGUGUUUCUGUACUGAUUCUCGUGGCCAAAGAUCCAGAUGAAAACCAAAACGCCCGCAUUUCUUAUAUUCUGGAGGACACUAAUAUUGGAGGGUCUCCAGUUUCUAAUUAUGUUUCCGUAAAUGCAGAAAGUGGAGUGAUUCAUGCAGUGCGUUCUUUUGACUAUGAGCAGAUAAAGCAGCUUGUAUUCAUGGUCAAAGCUCAGGACGGAGGCUCUCCUCCUCUCAGCAGUAACGUGACAGUGAAAGUACUGAUCCAGGACCAGAACGACAACCCCCCUCAGGUCCUGUACCCAGUCCAGACUGGUGGCUCUCUGAUGGCUGAGAUGGUGCCUCGUUCAGCAGAUGUGGGCUAUCUGGUCACUAAAGUGGUGGCUGUUGAUGUGGACUCUGGACAGAAUGCCUGGCUCUCCUACAAACUGCAGAGAGCCACCGACAGGGCGCUGUUUGAAGUGGGCUCACAGAAUGGAGAAAUCAGAACGAUCCGUCAAGUGACUGAUAAAGAUGCAGUGAAACAGAGACUGACUGUGAUAGUGGAGGACAACGGGCAGCCCUCUCGUUCAGCUACAGUCGUUGUUAACGUGGCGGUGGCGGACAGCUUCCCUGAAGUGCUGUCGGAGUUCACUGACUUUACUCACGACAAGGAGUACAACGACAACCUGACUUUUUACUUAGUGUUGGCUCUGGCUGUAGUCUCCUUCCUCUUCAUCACGUGUCUAGUGGUUAUUAUCUCAGUGAAGAUCUACAGGUGGAGACAGUCUCGCGUCCUUUAUCACUCCAAUCUCCCUGUGAUUCCAUAUUAUCCACCACGUUACUCGGACACUUUGGGGACAGGGACUCUCCAACACGUGUACAACUACGAGGUGUGCAGGACGACUGACUCCAGAAAGAGUGACUGUAAGUUCGGCAGAGCUGGUAGUCAGAACGUGCUGAUCAUGGAGCCCAGUUCUACAGGGACGGUGCAGAGGAUGCAGAGUGAAAAGAGCAUCCUGGAUGAACCUGACUCUCCUCUAGAGGUGAGUUGUAAAACGUGGUGUUAA